AUGGACCGAAAAUGGAUGUUUGCUAGUCGAUUAUCAAAAGAAUAUGAGGAUGGGGUGAAAGAGUUUUGUAGAUUUGCAGUUGAGCAUGCAAAAAACCCUAGUAGAAUCAUUUGUCCUUGCUUACAGUGUUGUCAUUUAAAGGUAGUGAACGCAGAUGAGUUAGAAGAGCAUUUAAUAUGCAAUGGAAUUGAUAAAAGUUAUUCAUGCUGGACCAAACAUGGUGAAAAUAGAAAAAAUCAUAUAAAUAAUGAUUUUCAUCAUAAUACAAGUUCUACACCGAAAGAGACUGACACAACUUAUGAGUUAGAUGAAGUUGAAGAUAUUGUAAAUAUUAUUGAAGAGGAUAUGCGAGAUUGUCCUCAGAUGUUUGAUAGGUUGACAAUGGAUGCAAAGACACCAUUGUAUAAUGGUUGUACUAGUUUCACAAGACUAUCAGCAGUCUUGAAAUUAUUCAAUUUGAAAGCACGAAAUGGAUGGUCUGAUACUAGCUUUACUGAAUUAUUAUCACUUAUAAAAAAUAUGCUACCACAAGAUAAUGUGCUUCCUAGUCGAAUGUAUGACGCUAGAAAAAUGUUAAGCUCUAUUGGGAUGAGCUACGAGAAGAUUCAUGCUUGUCCAAAUGAUUGCAUUCUUUUUCGAAAUGAAUAUGCCCCAUUGGAUAAAUGUCCUAAAUGUAUGACAUCGCGCUAUAAGAAAAAUUUAGUGCCGAGCAAAGUGGUAUGGUAUUUUCCUAUAAUACCAAGAUUUAGGCGCAUGUAUCGUAAUGAACAAGAUGCAAAGAACUUAAGAUGGCAUGUAGAUGAAAGAAUACGUGAUGGAAAGCUUCGACACCCUGCAGAUUCUCCUCAAUGGACAAAAGUUGACCAUGAUUACCCUAAUUUUGGGAAAGAACCACGAAACCUACGUCUUGCUUUGUCUACUGAUGGAAUAAAUCCGCAUGGUAUGCAAAGCAACUCGCAUAGCACGUGGCCUGUGGUUAUGAUUAUAUAUAACCUACCUCCAUGGCUAUGCAUGAAAAGGAAGUUCAUGAUGUUAUCCAUGCUAAUUCCAGGUCCAAAACAACCAGGGAAUGACAUAGACAUAUACUUGGCACCUCUUAUUGAAGACUUGAAGGAUAUGUGGAACGAAGGUGUAGAGGUGUAUGAUGCGUAUACAAAAGAAAGUUUCCUACUAAGGGCAAUGCUGUUUGGCACAAUUAAUGAUUUUCCAGCAUAUGGUAAUCUAUCUGGAUAUAGUAUCAAAGGGAAGUGUGCAUGCCCUAUAUGUGAAGAUAAUACAGAUUGGGUGCGAUUGGAACAUGGUAAGAAAAAUGUUUUUCUUGGGCAUCGUAGAUUCUUACCUUCAAAGCACCGUUAUCGAGGAUGGAGAAAAGCAUUUAAUGGGACAACAGAAGAACGUAGAGCUCCAGAACUGUUGUAUGGUGAUAAAGUUUUUGAAAAAGUAAAGGAUAUAAACAACAAAUUUGGUAAGCCUUUUGCAAGAGAUCUAGUCACAAGUGGGUGGAAGAAAAAGUCAAUAUUUUUUGAUUUGCCAUAUUGGAAGUCCUUGUACGUUAGACAUUUCCUUGAUGUCAUGCAUAUCGAAAAAAAUGUAUUUGAUAGUGUCAUAGGUACGUUGUUGAAUGUUCCUGGAAAGUCUAAGGAUGGCAUCAAUGCAAGGCUAGACUUAGUUCAAAUGGGAAUUCGAACAGAAUUGGCACCAAUAAAGAAAGGUAAACGUCAAUAUCUACCUCCAGCAGCUCAUACUCUAUCUAGAAAGGAAAAAAUUGUGUUUUGUAAGUUUCUACAAGGAGUUAAAGUUCCAGAAGGGUAUUCAUCAAACAUUAGGAACUUAGUAUCUAUGAAAGAUUUAAAACUAAUAGGGUUAAAGUCUCAUGACUGUCAUGUUGUGAUGGAGCAUUUGUAG